AUGUCCGCUGAAAACGCCAUCGUUUAUGCUGCCCUUAUCCUCAAGGAUGACAAUCUCGAAGUCACUGCUGACAAGCUCCAGACUUUGACCAAGGCUGCUGGCUUCACUGAAAUCGAGCCCAUUUGGUACUCGUUGUACUCCAAGGCACUUGAUGGCCAGGACGUGAAGGAACUCAUUUGGAAUGUGGGUGCUCCUUCCGCUGGUGCUGCUGCCGCUGGUGCUGGUGCUGCCGCUGCUGGUGGUGAGGAAGCCAAGGAAGAGGAGAAGAAGGAAGAAGAGAAGGAGGAAUCUGAUGAAGAUAUGGGCUUUGGUCUCUUUGACUAA